GACUUAAAGUUAAUAUUUCUAAGAAAAAAGUAAGUUGUGAUAAUAUUAUCUAUUCUUCUGAGUCCUCCUAGUCACCAGCUCAUGAAUAUUAAGUAGAUUUAGGGACCAAUAAGAGCAGCCUCCUGCAGCAACGCGGCCACAUUCAGCAGCAUCCACUUCCACCAGCGCAACAUCUCACAGCGCUUUCAUCAGACUCUUUGGUCGGGCUCGGAUCGACUUGGACUGGGACGUUUAUUUUUUUAAAUAAAUUAAAUAAAAAUGGCUUUAAGAGGACCUCUAUUCCGUCUUCUCAGGACUCAACUCGGCCAUACGUGCCAACAAAGCAGAGCUCACUCCGUGGCUAUACUGGGAGCUCCUUUCUCAAGAGGACAGAAGCGAGGAGGUGUGGAGCAUGGACCUAAAGCCAUCAGAGAUGCCGGGCUCAUCGACAGGCUCUCCGGUUUAGACUACUCUGUCCACGACUUUGGCGACCUCAACUUCCACCACCAUGAGAAGGACGAACCCUACAUGGAUGUAAAGUUCCCUCGCACUGUGGGUGGAGCAAAUAAGAUGGUGUCAGGCGCAGUGAGCAGAGCAGUCGGCGCUGGGCACACCCUGGUCAUGCUGGGAGGUGAUCACAGCCUUGCUAUUGGAUCAGUGGCAGGCCAUGCCCGGCAGUGUCCUGACCUGUGUCUCAUCUGGGUUGAUGCUCAUGCAGAUAUAAACACGCCCAUGACUUCUCCAUCAGGAAACAUCCAUGGCCAGCCUGUGGCGUUCAUGCUCAAAGAGCUGCAAGACAAGAUGCCAAAUAUCCCAGGGUUCUCCUGGUUGAAGCCGUUCCUCUCCUCGAGGGACUUGGUGUACAUCGGACUGAGAGAUGUUGACCCCGGAGAGUACCACAUCCUGAAGAACCUGGGUAUCCAGUACUUCACCAUGAGGGAUAUCGACAGACUAGGCAUCCAAAGGGUCAUGGAAGUCACUCUUGACCAUCUUCUGUCAAGAAAACAGCGACCGAUCCACUUGAGCUUUGACAUCGAUGCAUUCGACCCGUCUCUGGCUCCAGCCACAGGAACACCGGUGAACGGCGGUUUGACCUACAGGGAGGGAAUCUACAUCACAGAGGAAAUCCACAACACAGGUCUGCUGUCGGCCAUGGACCUGGUAGAAGUAAACCCAGUGCUGGGAGCCAACCCUGAAGCCGUGGAGUCCACCGCCUCUUUAGCGGUCGACGUCAUCGCAUCGUCUCUGGGACAGACGAGAGAAGGCGCUCCCGUGUCCAUCGACGAGAUUCCCUCUGCGAAGGACGACACAGAGCAGCUUCGCCUCUGAGAGCAUGAAGCAAAGCUAUGAACUUUAUCAGCAUCCUCCCUGAGCAUUCCGCAAUUCUGAAUACAAGACUGUAAAGACUGAAUCAAAUAGUAGCUCAAGGUUUAGUCUUUAUCUCUUUGCUGUUUAAUGUUACGUUUCAUGAAGAAAACUAAAUUAUGUCCGAUUUCAAAGAACUACAAAAAGGCUUUACCGAUUUGGGGAGAAAAGUUCACAUUAAUAAUGCUGACACAAAAGCCUUUGACAUAAUUUCGUUACACUUAUUGAUGUUCUCUUAAACAGCAAUACUAACUUAUUUUUCUCCUGUAUGUUAUAAGUUAAGCGUUAGAGGACACAGCUGCCACAUAUUUAUUAUGCGUUUGGUUUACAAGAGAAUGAACCUGCCUCAGAGGUAUGAUGAACCAAGUCUGACUUAGUUUGAAGUCCACAGUCUAAAGUGGACUCUCAAAAUGGUUUUGUGGCUGUGCCAGUUACUAAUAACUAGUAAUGAUGUGUUUGCACUUUUGGACCAGCUAUGGUUACUGUAUUUUCCUUAGAGUUUACUUUUGUAUUUUCACAAUGAACCUACCAGUAUAUGUAGUAGAAUUAGUGUGUUUAAAUACUUACUGACUACAUCAGUAUUAAUUGAUUUGAAAAAUGUUAAUAUCCAGCUUUCAUUCAAAUGCUGACAAAAAAAAAAGAUAUUUGGAUAAUUACGCUUGAACUGAUCCAAUGCUUGACUUGAUGUGGCCACUAAACGACUAUUGUCCUUGUAAUAAAGAGUUUAUAUUUUGGUCUUCCAUAAAUGUGAUUACAUUUUUUGUU